GCUGGGCACCAUCUACUUGUGCUGGACUCAGUCUGGUGGAAGCCCUAGUAGUUGUGGUCCAUUAGUCCUUGGACUAAUCUUUAUUCCUCGUGAGAUAUAUCUUAAUGGCAGAAGACAUUCAGUAAACUUGAAUUGGAAAUACUGCUAAAUACAUGAUGUAUUUUCAUUAAAAACAAACAAACAAACAAAAAAAAACCUAGCUCUAUUAAAGGCCUAGAAAUAAUAAAUUAUCUUGUAGCAGUGAGCACCUCUAGCGCCCUGAGAUUGUGGACUUUAGAGAUUUUUCUUUAAAAAGAACCAGGCUCUUUGGAAAAAUAGCUGAUUUUUGGUUAAAGACAGGGAACAUUCAUGAUAAUCUGUAAUAAGUUUUCAUAACAUAUACUACAAGAUCACUGGAGUUGUGUUAAAAAGACUGAGGAGGUAACUGGAGUCUUCCAUUGGCCAAAAUUGGGGUGUCUGAAGUAUCAAAAAGAGUCCGUGAGGAUUUCUGGUUCUGGUCAAAUUGAAUUAACAGGGCCAAGAGUUCUCCUCCUACCUGAACAGCAACAACGAAAAACCAAGCAGACAAAAUAACAUGAAACAACAGUUUUCAAGACACCAAAACAUCAGACAGUGAAGGGCCAGUGAUCUCUGGAGAUGGGAAACAAAUAAGUUAUUCAAGCGAAGAAAUGUUGCUACAGCCGAAGAAGAAACAGAAGAAGUUAUGUCAGAUGGAGGCUUCCAUGAGGCCCAGAUUAAUAACAUGGAGAUGGCACCAGGUGGUGUCAUUACUUCUGAUAUGAUUGAAAUGAUAUUUUCCAAUAGCCCAGAGCAACAGCUUUCAGCAACGCAGAAAUUCAGAAAACUGCUUUCAAAAGAACCUAAUCCUCCUAUUGAUGAAGUGAUCAGCACACCAGGAGUAGUCGCCAGGUUUGUGGAGUUCCUCAAACGAAAAGAGAAUUGUACACUGCAGUUUGAAUCAGCUUGGGUACUGACAAAUAUUGCUUCAGGGAAUUCUCUUCAGACCCGGAUUGUGAUUCAGGCAGGAGCUGUGCCCAUCUUCAUAGAGUUGCUCAGCUCGGAGUUUGAAGAUGUCCAGGAGCAGGCAGUCUGGGCUCUUGGCAACAUUGCUGGAGAUAGUACCAUGUGCAGGGACUAUGUCUUAGACUGCAAUAUCCUUCCCCCUCUGUUGCAGUUAUUUUCAAAGCAAAACCGCCUAACCAUGACCCGGAAUGCAGUAUGGGCUUUGUCUAACCUAUGUAGAGGGAAAAGUCCACCUCCAGAAUUUGUAAAGGUGUCUCCCUGUCUGAAUGUGCUUUCCUGGUUGCUGUUUGUCAGUGACACUGAUGUACUGGCUGAUGCCUGCUGGGCCCUCUCGUAUCUGUCAGAUGGGCCCAACGAUAAAAUUCAAGCAGUCAUUGACGCAGGAGUGUGUAGGAGACUUGUGGAGCUGCUGAUGCAUAAUGAUUAUAAAGUGGUCUCCCCUGCUUUGCGAGCUGUGGGAAACAUUGUUACAGGGGAUGAUAUUCAGACACAGGUAAUUUUGAAUUGCUCAGCUCUGCAAAGUUUAUUGCAUUUGCUGAGUAGCCCAAAGGAAUCUAUCAAAAAGGAAGCAUGUUGGACAAUAUCUAAUAUCACAGCUGGAAAUAGGGCACAGAUCCAGACUGUGAUAGAUGCCAACAUUUUUCCAGCCCUCAUUAGUAUAUUACAGACUGCUGAGUUUCGGACAAGGAAAGAAGCAGCUUGGGCCAUCACAAAUGCAACUUCUGGAGGAUCAGCUGAACAAAUCAAGUACCUUGUAGAACUGGGUUGUAUCAAGCCGCUCUGUGAUCUCCUCACAGUCAUGGACUCUAAGAUUGUACAGGUUGCCCUAAAUGGCUUGGAAAAUAUCCUGAGGCUUGGAGAACAAGAAGCCAAAAGGAAUGGCACUGGCAUAAACCCUUACUGUGCUUUGAUUGAAGAAGCUUAUGGUCUAGAUAAAAUUGAGUUCUUACAGAGUCAUGAAAACCAGGAGAUCUACCAGAAAGCCUUUGAUCUCAUUGAGCAUUACUUUGGGACCGAAGAUGAGGACAGCAGCAUUGCACCCCAGGUUGACCUUAGCCAGCAGCAGUACAUCUUCCAGCAGUGUGAGGCUCCUAUGGAAGGUUUCCAGCUUUGAAGCAAUACUCUGCUUUCAUGUUCCUGUGUCAGACCAGGCUACCCAGUCAAGUUCUCUUGUGGAGCCCACAAUCCUCAUGGAGCUAACUUCUCAAAUGUUUUCCAUAAUACUGUUUGCGCUCAUUUGCUUGCCUUGCGCACCUGCUCUCUUACACACAUCUGGAAAACCUCUGGCUCUCUGUGGUGGAAUACCCUUCUAAUAAGAGGGUAACCAGGACGGCCCACUCUCUUAUGGAAAAUCCCUAGGCUUUGGAGAUCUGCAUUUAUACAUUUUAAGAGUCAUGGGAUUAUACACUUACAUUAAUGUGGCUCCCUUUUUUGUGGGGGAAAAGAGAGGACUCCUCAUUCCCUUCAAUGUGGGAAAAAAAAUACUGACAAUAAAAGAUAAGCCUAAACCUUUAUCUUGAAUUUCACACAACUGCUUGCAACAAGGGAGAUGUUUAGACCUGUUGUGUGUACUUCAGAGUAUUUUUCAUGAGUUCUUCCACAGUGAACCCUUGGAUUACCCAGUGGCUUUUUCUGGCCAAAUUUGCAUUAAUCCUUCCUAAGAUGGGAUGGUUUUCUUUCCUCUGUUGGCGCCAUUCUUCACAGAUACUAAAGCUAAACCAUCCACUCCCUCACCUUCAGCCUAAAGUGAAUGUGCUUUCUAGUUGUCAGGAAUGCUGAAGCAUUAACACUUUGACUCUUAAAUGUGAUACUGGUUUGCAGAUUCCCCUAGAGCAGAAAAGAGAGGGGCACAUAUUAAUUUGUAUUGCUGUUGCUUCUCUUUGGUCUUAUGUGUCUUAGGAUUUGGAAGUGGUUCAAUUCUAAUGCUGGUAUGAAGAUUUUAGAAUCCUUAGUAAUCAAAAACUAUAUCCUGUAAUUCAAUUAAAAAGUUAAAAACAAACAAAAAACUCCAGUCUCUCCAAGCUCAGCCAGUGUGACUUGAUGCUGUAUUUCUGCAUUAAAGCAAAUAUUUCAGGCUUUGUGGUCCUGAUCAAGGUCCUCAUUAAAUUGGAGUUCACCCUAGGUGCUUUUUCCCUCUAUGAUGCGGGAUAACACACACUUUAAAGGUUAAUUUCUCAGCCGAUUGCAGCUUGAUUCUAAUGUGUUCAUGCUGCAUCCAUGACCCUUUUAAUGUAGCGUCUCUAUUGUAAACCAGUAACGAUCUUCUCAGCGUGACCUCUUCACCCAAAUAAGGAGUGAUCUUUUUCUUAUAACCUCAUUGUCCCUAAUCAUUUUAUUUCAUUUCCUACUAGAAUCGCCCCCUCCCCCUUAAAUAAAAUAAUAACAGUCUCCACCUCUGGCUCAUUUAAUGAUGACUGCAAUCUGUACCUGCAAAUGGCGCUUCCAGUACUGUGUUCAGUGAUCCACAUUUGUGCUUGGACUGGAAUGAAAAAUAAGCUUAAUUGCCAAGAGAACUGCAAAUGAGUUCAAUACGACUUCUCGGUGCUAGUUGGCCAUCUUGACUCAAUAUUGGGACACACCAUCAGAGAAGAUUUUUUGUUGAUGGGCUGUUCAAAAUGAAUUCUGAAGGAAAAGUUGCUCACUUCCGCUUGAGAGCAUACCCUUUAAACCUUUUUAGACUUGUCCUCCUCUAAAAUUCAUUAUAACCCCAAAGUAUAAACUGUUUGGAAGUUGCCCCUGACAAGCUAUUACACAUCUCUGGGAAAUCCUGCUGAAUGUUAGGGAUAUUCAAAGCUUUCAUACCUCAUCAUGAUGUUACUUAAGCAGCCAACUUAUGUGACCUGAUUUAAACUUUUAAAAAAUUCACUUCAUUCAAACUAGAAAGAUUCAAAGACAGAGGACAUUUAUCUGCCAAGAGUGUGAUGCAUUCUUCACAUCUAGUCUAUAGCUGCGUCUGUGCUCUGGGAUGGAUUCCGUCUGAUGUCUAUUACUGAUGGAGCAGCCACAGCAAAACUAGUCAACUCCCAUCUAUAACUGUUACUUUUUCUAGUGCUGCUUUGUGCUGAAAGAACAUUUUAGUUACUGCACUUGACCUGUAAGAGACUUUGAUUCUUUGUAAUUUUAGGGAUAAAUUAGGUGGUUAAUUUAAAGAAAAAUUCAGUGUUGCCUUUACAUCACAUUAAAAUAUAACUUCUUUCAGAAAGGUAAUAGAAGCACUGAUUCAUAGUAAAAAUCUUGUUUUUAGCUUUGACUUUUUUUGUGGCUGAGUUUUUUUAGAUUGUAAAUUACUGAUAACGCCAUCUCUGUAGGGUGUUUUAAGUUACGUACCUUUUGUUGGAUAGUUUACAAAUUUUCUGUUUCUUUUAUACACCAACUAGAAUGGAAACAAUACAGUGCACACAAAGUUGUCUCCCCAAGUUAGUAAGAGUAGUGUAUGUUGAGAAGUUUUGUUAGCAAGUGCAGCUGCCUCAAUGAGUGAAUUAAAAGAAGUCCAUUUAACUGAUGUCUUAUUUCCUGUCUAAACAGAGGGCUUUACCUUGCUGCUGUCCUAGGAGAACUUCAUGAGCCAUGAGAUCUGAGCUAAAAUUUUUUGCGUGAUAUGAUUUUCCUUAAAUAUAAAAAUUGGAAUUUGCUGAAAAAUCAAAUUCCAUCAUAACUCAGAUGUGUUGGAACUCAUUGGUACUGAUAAAACAGCCUUUUGGGUGAUAAAAAUGGCGUUUAAGAGGUAACUGUAAAUCGUAUUUUUAGUUUUCUGCCUAGCAGAUUCUGUUUAGUUUCAAUUUAUUGAAUACCCCCUAUCACUAAUUUCAAAACCAGGGAAAACUUUUGCUGAAGGAAAGUGGCUUCGUUUUUCCUUUUUUCCUCCUCUAAACAUUCAAGGAGACCUGGUGGCUGAGUGGUUAAGAGCUAUGGAUGCUAACCAAAAGGCCAGCAGUUCAAAUCCACCAGCCACUCCUUGGAAACCCUAGGAGACGGUUCUACUCUGUCCUGCAGGCUCGCUAUGGGUCGGAAUCGACUCCACAGCAGUGGGUUUGGCUUUUUGGUUUUCUUUUUGGAAACAUUCAAAGUAUAUUCUUUAUAAUGAGAACUUCGGUGGAGAAAAAACAUUGAAAGCAUUUGGGAAGUAUCUGAAGGACCAGCAGCUAGGUAUGAUUGAAUUAAGAAAUAACCAGGAAAAUAAAGGUAAUAGGUAUGAAGAAAGGUGAGAUUUAGGAGACAGAUUUAUCCAUGGAACACUUUCAUUCUUGUUCCUGUCUCCCAACUAAUCAGGACCCUUUUUUACUUCUUCACUUAGUUUUAUCGGUUGUGUUGCCUUUUAACCCUACUGCCCUAGGUGGUUUCUUCCUUAUACCGAUAAAGCUGCUUGGGCUCUGGGUCCUUUUCCUCGCAUUAUUGUCACAGAAAUAAACAUUGACAAUUGUCCCAUAAUAAAUCUGAGUUGUUUCAGGUUGCUACUGAUUUUGACUAAGUAAAAAUAUGUAGUGUAUUUUAUAAACUGAACUUUGUCAACUAAAUCCUCUAUUGUACAUGAUCACCCACAGGCAACUUCUCUAGUGCUAAAUAAACAUUUCAGUUAUUCACUACCCCAACUUGGGGUUGAAUUACUAAAAGGUUUUCCUUGGGUCAAAGGAGUUCUUUCUUUCCUGCUGAUUAGUUCUGUGAAACUUUUCAUAUCAAUAGGCAAGUUGUUAUAGCUGUUUUAAGGCUUGGGGCUUUUCUCAUGUAUAUUUAAAAUUGUGAUGUCUAAGGGUAAUGUUCAGUAAAGGGAGCUACUUUUAGAAAGGGGCAUUGUUUGCUUUUCAUAUUUGUAUACUAUAUGCUACCUCCUACAUUCCAAAAUUUGCUCAUUGACAAAGAUAGGUGUGCCUAUAUAUGGGAGUCUCAAAUCUGAAUUAUUUACCAUCCUAAAUUAAUAGGGUCAUUUCCUUCAGUUGUGAGGUGAGUAGAUUAAAUAUUUUGGUCUGCCUUUUUCUAUCAUCAAAAAUUAAACUGAAGGUACUACUACUGUAAAUCUGUUGUAACAGAAUAUUUUGUAAUACUUUAUUGUGAGAGAAGGAUAGGUUUUAAGAAGUAUCAAGACAUCAGAAGAACGUGUGAUAAAGUAAAACCUCAUAUGCUAAUUGCUGCUUGACAAAAUACAUCUGGAAGUUUUGAGUAAGAAAAAAGGACUAGGGUAGAUGAGGUACCAUUUUGUUUUCAACUAAGCGUAGACAGAAUAGCCCCAGUCUGUUUUUGUGUAGGUAAUAAAGUCAGCUUGUUUUUAUUUGGACAUCUGCUGUAUGCCCAUUGCCUGGCUAAGUAAGGGCUGUCACCUUUUCUGAUUUAAUCCUCCAACUGCUGUUUGAGGGAACUGUCACUAUUUUAUAGAUGACUAAAUCAAGAUUUAUUCUGCCCUAAGAUUACAACUCUUAGAUUACUGCUAAGGGAGAGGAAGACCUCUGCCAAGGGCAGGACAAGUUCUGUUUCUUGAAGAAGGCAGGGGUUGUAGAAUAGGGGUUCUGUGUCCAGGAACUCCCAGAACUAGACUUCCAGCAGCCACAGGUGGUGGGCUAGCCCUUUUUGUUGAACCAUUUCUCUUCCUUUUUUCCUCAUCAGCAACACCCUUCAAAUGACUACAUCAGGUAUCAAUUAUUUUUAGGUUACACAGUCUGGUGUGUAGAUCUUCUCAACACAAACAUCUUCCCGCUUAUGUGGUGCUAAAAUUCUGUAUGACCAGACAGUUGGCAACAACAGAGUUUUUUGUUUUUUAAAAAAGUUUCAUAUGCAAAUGAACUAAAUGAUUGAUUUCGAGUUUAGUAACAUGGCUAAACCCAAACGUUUCCAUUCAGUAAACACAAAUGUAGAAUAUACUGGCACAGAAGGAAAGGCUUUGGAAUGAAUUACUGCCUUUGAAAACAGUGCCACAGGUGUGACUUUAACACAGCCAACUUCCUCCUAAAGGAAAACUGUCCCAAUGAGUAUUAAACAAAAAACAAAACCUUUUAAUGUAUUGAUUGUUGAGUAUGUCUUGCUUUCCUUAAGUCAUUUUGACCACUUUGUCCUCUUUCAAAGUGUUCUGACACUGAUUGGGAAUGGUUCUAUUGUUUCUUUGUACAUGAAUGGGUCUGUCAGGUCAUGGGUGAGUGCCAUGCACAUAGCAGACAGUAAAUACUAAAUAAAAAAGGAAUGUGCAUCUGUGUGAUAAUUAGUAAAGGAUACUUGAUUACAAAAGAAAGUUCAAAAGAAUUCCUUUAUGCUGUUGUUUGAAGCAAGUGCGUGAACAUCCAUUUAUAAUAUAGUUACCUUUCAGAAACAUAAUUUGACCUCGAGUUUACAAAAGCAAACAUUGUCAAAGCAGAGGUCUAUUGUUUAAAAAAAAAAAAAACUGAGAAAAGUUGAUGAGCCUAUUCCACAGGCUAAUAUAUAAUCAACUUCAUGUGUUUAUAUAUACCAAAACAGCCCACCAGUCUCUUCUGUCAUAUUUUGAAAUUAAGAAAAAAUUUUUUUGCCAGUUAUAUGCAACUGAUGUGGAAGCUAAUGGUUGUCUCAGGCUAUGAAAUGGGGAUUUUUCUUUUUUGCAUAUUUAUGUUUUCUGCGUUCCUUUACUCAUUAAGUAACAGAUGAGUAGAAACAGAAAGAUAGUGCACUUUUUCAUUCCAUGAUUGCUUCUCUUUUUUUUUUUUUUGAGAGAUUCCACUGA